UCAUUUUAUUUGUGUCCCAGAGACCUGUCUGAUGUCACAGAGGUCGACCUCGCUCUAACCUCCAGCACAGUGACCGAGCUGGCAGAGGCCCGGAGAACCACCUACCUUUCCGGACGCUGGAUCUGGGACGACCAGAAUGGAGAGACCAGCAUCAGCAUCACAGGGACACCGGUUGUUUUGCCAAGCAACGGAGACUGCUCUGCCUACUACAGCUGGGUGGAAGAGAAGAGCACCAGCUCUGGCCCAGAGCUUGACCACAUUAACCCAGCUCACACCAUCAGUGCUGCCCUGUGCUACGCCACCCAGCUGGUCACCAUUCUGUCCCACAUCCUGGAUGUCAACCUGCCCAAGAGGCUCUGCAACAGCGAGUUCUGUGGAGAGAAUCUCAAUCGGCAUCGCUUCACCAGAUCUCUGAACAAGCUCAACACCAACAUCCUCCACCUCUGCUUCUCUCAGCAUGUCAACAGCGAAAAGCUUCAUCCUCAUCACACUCUCAGGAACAUCAUGUUUCUGGUUUCCCUUGACAACAAUAACCUGGGCAGGACUGGUUCAUUCGAAGUGAGCUCUGACCUGGAAGAGUCUAUAGAAUUUGUUGAGCCAGAAGCAUCGGGGUUGACUGAGGAAAGUGGAGAUGAAUCAGUGACAGAUGAGGAGACGGACCUGGGAACAGACUGGGAGACAGUACCCAGUCCACGAUUCUGUGACAUUCCCUCUCAGUCAAUGGAUCUUUCCCAGAGUACUCUGCAGGUUUCCCAGCCAUCGGCUAAUCCUGGAGGAAUGAUUUCAUCUGCUGCUGCCUCGGUCACUUCCUGGUUUCGUGCCUACACAGGCCAGCGUUGAUCAACCUCACCAUGGGAUAAUCUGGGCUGUGAUCAAAUCAGACCAUAAGGUCUGACAUCAGCAAAAACCAACUUUAGAUUGUUUUCAUCUCAGUUUCUUUGUCGUUGGUCGUUAACAAAACAAAGAUCUUGCAUAAUUUAAAAACUGCAACUUUAGAAAGAUCAGAGUUGACAGUUGGAGCUGCUGUCAGAAACUUGUACACUAAUAUUUUGAAAUGCUUCAGUUCUAUUUGUUAUGAAUGUAGUGUAUGAUGGUUGUCCUGGUUAGUGUAUGUGCUAUAUGCACAGACUGGGCUCUCAAUACAAUUUGUUUGGCAUGUGAACAAUCACCAUCAUUUUUUUCUUCAAUAAAAUACUUUUCCUGGAGUACA